AUGAUUAAAUUAAAGGAUUUCUGGGAAAAAGAAAGUAAAGCUCCACUAUUACAACGUAAUGCUGGAUAUUUUAGUCGUGAUUCUGAGAAUACUGAAAAGCAACUACUAGAUGCAGAAGGCUGGCUAGAUUUAGCACUAAGACCUGAAAAUGUAUUAAAUAAAUCAUUUCAAAGUAGUGAUAGUAUAGAAUUAAAAAAUUAUGUAGAAUUUGAAAUUCCUUUGGAUAGAGAAUGUGAAGUUAUUCUUAAGGAACAAACAGAUAAUCCAGCAAUUAAUCGUAUAUUUAAAUUAGAUGCAGAAAGAACCUUUUCUGAUGAUAAAAAUAGGCAGAAGAUGAUACAAGUUUUGAGUACAAUAUAUACUGAAAUACAAGAUUAUCAUCAAGGUCUUGGAUUUAUAGUUGCUUUUUUAAUGUUACAACUUAGCCCACAAGAUACUGUUAAACUUGCAUUAGCAUUACAUAGAUAUUAUCUACCAGGUUACUUUAAAACAGCUCCAUUUAAUUAUGUUAGAGAUGCAAAAGUAUUUCAAAAACUUCUUGAAGAGAAAUAUCCAGAAUUAGCAGCUAAGAUAAGCAAUGCAGCUUGUACUGAAGCAUUUUGUUCAAAAUGGUUUGUAGGACUAAAUGUUCAUGUAUUACCAUUUCCAGCUUUAUGUAAAUUUUUUGAGUUAUUAUUAAUUGAAGGGAAUGUUUUUUUAUUUAAAUUUGCAUUAUCUAUUGUAAAGAAUUGUUCACAAGAUAUUCUUGAAGCUAAGGAUACAUCUAAGAUUUUAGCUAUAUUACGUUUGGAUAACAAAUUAUAUGAUGAUAAAAAAGGUAAAAUUAAACAAGAUAGCUUUGAUAUAAAGAGCUCAGAAUAUGAUGGUAGUUUUUUUAUACAUUUAGUAGAAGAUGCAAUGGAUAUUUCUGUAUCAGAAGAUGAUAUAGAAGAAUUUAGAAAAGUAGUUAUAGAAGAGAUGAAAAUACAAGAAGAAAAACGUAAGCAAGUAGAAGCCCUAUUGGAUUUUGAUGAUGAAAUAAUUUUUUCGGAUGAAGAAUAA